AUCCCAUAUCAACAAUAUUCUAUAUUUUAAUUUGUUAGGUUUUUAUAAUUUGUAUAAUCUUGUUAGCCAUCCCCAAUGUUUGAUUUGUUUUCGAUCUUAAUGGGUCUCCUAACAUUAUAUCAUAUUCCUACGUAAGUCGAGGUUAUUUAGAAUUCAUUGACGAAAAAAAGCAAAUAACUGAAAUUUAAAACUUUUUUAAAAAAUCAUGACCGCUACAAAACAUGGAGACAGAAGAACAUUGAUAAAUUCAAAAUUGGUGUCCUUUAAAUGCCAAAAUAUUCUAACUUGGAGGGUGUUUCAUUUCCUGCAUAUGCAAAACGUUUUGUAUAAUUUUUUUACUUUCAAAGUUGCUUUAACGAAAAGUAUUUAAAAAACAACCCCGCUCUUUUAAAAAUAGUGACGGAUAUCUGGCUAUAAAUAGCGGAGUAGAGAACAUCUCUUAACAUAUCAAGUACAAUUUGUAUUCAUAUCACUCUCUACAUCCUUUGUUUUAGAAAGCACGUCUCAAGGAACGAAAAAAAAUGUCGACCGAGUCGUAUGAUGAGCUAGAGGAACAUAAAUCCAACAAGUCAUCAGAUGCUGUAGAACGAAUCCAAUCUGGAUUUAUCCAUUUCAAGACUCACAAAUAUUUGAAGAAACCUUCGUUGUACAAUGCACUUGCCAAGAGCCAGAACCCCAAGUUUCUGGUGUUUGCUUGUUCGGAUUCCCGAGUCAGCCCUGCUCACAUCGUGAACUUCCAACCUGGGGAAGCCUUUGAAAUUAGAAACAUUGCAAACAUGGUUCCACUUUUUGACAAGACACAACACUCAGGUACUGGUGCGGCUAUGGAAUAUCCAAUUACAAAACUCAACGUGGAGAACAUUCUGGUGAUUGGUCACAGCCGUUGUGGUGGAAUAGAGGCACUCAUGUCCAUUGAAGAUGAUGCAGCUCCUAAUAAGAGCAUCUUUAUAGAAGACUGGGUCAAGAUCGGUACAGCGGCGAAGAACAGGAUCAAGCAGGAGUUUGGAGACCUUAGCUUCGAAGAACAGUGCACCCUUUGUGAGAAGGAAGCGGUGAACGUUACUUUGGCGAAUUUGUUGUCUUACCCAUUCGUGAGAGAAAGGGUGGAGAAGGGUAAGCUCGCCUUAAGAGGAGCUCACUAUGAUUUCGUGAAUGGAACGUUUGAACUUUGGGAACUCGACGUCAAGACCACCACUGCGUUUACCUUUUCUUAAGAUAUCACUACUUACCUUUUCUUUGUGUUGCUUCUAAGUGUGUUAUUGUCAUGUACUUGCUUCUGUUUCUUGUUUAUGUGUCUGUGUGAAAAGAAAUGAAUAAGCUAUAAAGAGCAUUUGUUUAGA